AUGGAGCCAUUGUCGUCGUCGUGUCCGCCGAGGGACGUCUCCGCUGGGCCCUCGUUGUCGUCGGGGCCAGGAUCGAGCAAGCAUUGCCCGGGCAGACAAGAAGAAUUGGUGUCACUGCCGUCGUCGUCUCCGCCGGUCGAGGUCGCCUCUGGGCUUUCCUCGUCGUCGGCGGCGUUGACGGUGCAGGGGAAGCUUUUCGUCGGCGGCAUCUCAUCGGAAACGGGGGAGGCGUUGCUGGUGGAGCACUUCGCUGAGUAUGGCGAGUUGAGGGAGGUGACCGUGAUACGGGACCGCAUCACGGGCAACUCGAGGGGGUUCGGCUUCGUUCGGUUCGUCAAUCCGGAUAAUGCCGAGAGCGCGCUCAAGGAGGCGAUGCAUGUCAUCGAUGGAAAGACGAACAACUACCAUGAGCUGAAAGGGAAAUUUGUAGAUGUCAAGGUAGCAAUACCCAAGAAUGAUAAUAAUUAUACCAAUAACAGAAAUAACAACAAUUAUGGUAGUUCAAGCAUUGGAGGAGGUGGAGGUCGAAGGUGGCCGAUUUAUGACGCCUAUCAAGGCUGUUAUCAUGCAACACAUGGAUAUUGUGGACCUGGUUCAUGUGGUAUUACUCUAUAUGGAUACCAAUUUGUGAGCCCUUUGAAUGAUCCAAGGUGGAUGCCAACGCUUGUGACCUACUACCCUUAUGUCAUGGGAGGCUCUGGGAGCAACAUGCCUGCUCAUGAUCAUCUUCUGUUUCAUGCAUCUGAUGACAGUAAUGGAGACUACUGCUAUACAAAUGGAGACACCUUGAAGUAGAGAGAAAUCACAAGUUAAAGGAGGUGAUAAUUGUGGUGCAAAGUAAAUGCUGAUUG